CAGUUGGUGAAAGGUGGUUGGUCUGAGGGAAGUGAGAGGAGAAGUGCAGCCGCAGGUGGUGAUAGUCCAGAGAGGUAGUAAAGUGGAGUCACAGUCGAUAGACAGAAGCAACACAAAAAGGGUGAAGGAGGACCCAGGGGAGGAAACAGGAGUGACAUACUGAGCUGCAGCAGAAUGUGGUUCUUCUUCUUUGAGAGAGAGAUAGCAAGACCAAGCCAGGGACAAGACUAAAUUGCUAUUAAAUCAAGACAUGAAAAUAACAUUCUAUCAGCUACUUCACAACCAAAUACAUUUAAGAAGAUUGCUAGGACUUCUACAAUCAAAAGAUUAUUUGAUUUAAAAAGACUCAGAACAAAAAGAUCUACAAUCUUUCCAACAGGUGUUAAAGUUUGUCCACAAGAAUCAUCAAAGCAAAUUAUUGCAAGUCACCUGGCGUACUACAAACUAAGAGUCUGUCAGGAGGCUGUGUGGGAAGCUUUUCGGAUCUUCUUGGAUCGAAUUCCUCAAACCACAGAGUACCAGAGCUGGGUUGAUGCAUGUCAGCAAGAAUCCUUUUGUUUUUCUGAAAUUGGGAAAAACUUUAGCAGCUCACAAGAACAUCUGGAUAUUGUUCAACAGAGAAUUAAAGAGAAGAAAAUGCCUGAAAAGACACAUGAGAUUUCUGCAGAAGUCACUUUGUCUCCAGUAAUUAUUGAGGACCCUCUUGUGUCUACAACUGGUCUUCCUAAUUCUAUAUCAGCUUCCCUUGUUACUUCAAAUGAUACUCUCUUCAAUGAAAUCAUCAAUGACACCAAGCAUCAACUAAAGGAAACGGAAGUUACUAAUUUAGUACCAGAACAGCCAAAACAACAGACGGUAGAGUUCACGGUUACCCUCAACAGCCAACAAUUCACAGAAGAAUUAAGUGAUCCAAAUUCACCUCAAUAUCAAGAAUUAGAAACAAAUUUUCAGCAACAGAUGCAAAAGGUGUUUGAAAAACUUCCAGGGUUUAAAGAAAUAAAGGUUUUACGAUUUAGAUCUGAUAGCAUUGUGGUGCGGUAUGCUGUGGUCUUUGAAAAAGGCAACGCUGAAUCUAAAAAUAAAAUUGAUGAGACAUCUACUAUCACAUCUAACAAAGUUGAAAAUGGUAACAAUGAAAAGGCAAAAGAAAUGUCAUAUACAGUAACAGAAUUACAGGAGAUUGUUGUCAUGGCAUUACGCGAUGAUCGAUCUUUGACCCUUGACCUCCAAAGCCUCUUCUUUUCAGAUGAUCCAGAUAUAUCUUUAGAUCCUCUGGGAAGUGAUAUUAGUCCCUUGGUCACUGUAUCAACAAUCAAAAUGAAGACUGAUUUGGAUGAAGUACUAAUUGCAGAAGAACCACUAGAUAACCUUUCUGUAGAAACCGUGGAACAGGCAACAGACUAUGAAUUCCCAGUACCAGACGAAAAGACAAUAAAUCAUGUGAACAAAAUUGUUCCAGAAGCUCCUACAGCUCCUAUUAUAGUUUCACAUACUACUACUCUUUUUCCGGAAGAAUAUGGGGCUUCACCUAUAUUUCACCAUAAAAUGGAAGUAGACCUUCCAACUCCAUCCUUAGAGGAGAUUAUUAGAGACAUUGACAAUAAAGUUAAUGAUGGUUUUACAGUGCCUUUGGAUACUCCAAAUACCAAGAGUAAGAUAGAAAAUGAAAUAGAAACUAUGUUAGACAAUAACUUGACUGGGACAUCAAGUGAUACACCAUCUGACAUUUGGUAUGAGUUUGUACCUUCAUCUACCAGUGAGGUUUUUCCAUAUACAACAAUGGAAACACCAAGUGGACAAAAGACAGAAAAUACCUUUGUCAUGGACAAUAUUAUUGUCACAUUGCCAUCCAUGGUAGAGGCACCAUCUGGAGAUGGUGACAUUAAUGUUGCUUUUCCAAAAGAUGACUCUUCAACUGCAGAACCAGUUUUUAUCAGUACCAUUAAGACAUUGCCUGCCUACGUAGAUCAAAGUAUAUCAUUAUCUUCCACAACUCAAGAAUUUGAAUCAAACAUAUUGGCGGUAUCACCUUCUGAGCAUCCCUUUAGAUAUGGAGAAACAAUAUCAUCUACCUCUAGUACUAAAGUAAUAUCAAAUCAACUGGAAGAGGUAACUCCAAGAGAAGCACAAGUAGAUGAAGAAACUACUCCAGUAGUAGUGCACAUGAUUGAAAGAACGACCCCUGUAAUAGGAGUACUUGAUGAAACUUAUUCAAUAGAAGUUGGCAUUCUUGAAACAGAAGAAGUACUUGUAAAAACUACUCCAGUACAAAUAGGCAUGGUUGAAGAAACAACUCUGGCAGUAACAGGAGCACCAGAAGACUCUACUCCAACAGCAGGUAUAACAAGUGAAGAAAGUACUCCAAAACUAAUUUCACUUGAAGAAACUACUCCAGAAGUAAAUAAAAAGUUAGAUGAAACUACAGCCACAACAACAGCUUUGGGUGACGCCACAACAGCAGCUUUGCUCCUGGAAUCAAGGUUCACUGAGACAAGUGCGUCACAAAGUCAAAUGGCUGACAGUGAUAGAGAAAUGGGCAAUUUGGGUGUAGUGAGUACAUCAGGAUGGGUAGAAAUCGCAGAUUCUACAGCAAAUCCAGGCACUCUAUCAAACAAUACUGCAGCAUUCUCUUCAUUAGAAAAUUCUACAUCUAGCACUACACCUUCUGCUGAUACAGGAAAAGAGCUUGUUGUGUUCUUUAGCCUACGGGUGACUAACAUGCCAUUUUCUGAUGACCUAUUCAAUAAAAGUUCCCCAGAAUACAAAGCACUUGAACAGCAAUUCCUGCACCUGCUGCUCCCUUAUCUUCAAUCCAAUCUCACGGGAUUUAGGCACCUUGAAAUUCUCAACUUCAGGAAAGGGAGUGUGAUUGUGAACAGUAAACUGAAAUUUGCUAAAUCUUUGCCAUAUAACGUCACGGAGGCUGUCCACUGUAUUUUGGAAGAUUUUUGCAAUGCUGCAGCACAGAUCCUCAAUUUAGAGAUUGACAGCUAUUCACUAGACAUUGAGCCAGCUGACCAGACCAACUCUUGUAAGUUUAUGGCAUGUGAUGAAUUUUCAGAAUGUUUAGUAAACUCAUGGACAAAAGAGGCAGCCUGUGUUUGUAAGCCUGGCUUCAUCAGUAUUGAUGGACUGCCCUGCCGCAGUAUCUGCGAUCAGGAACCCAAUCAUUGUUCUGAAGGUGAAAAAUGUGAAAUCAUAGCUGGUAAAGGAGCAGUUUGCAGAUUGCCAGUCCCUAUUAUGCAGGAGAAUCUCAAGAGCAGACAAUGAGAGCAGUGUUCCAGCAAUAUUUGCAGUACAGAAAGAUAAUAAGUUUCAGAAUAAAAGGUCUAAAGAACAUUUCUAUAAGGCGAUGAAAAGAAGUUACACAAAUAGAAGACCGUGUCUCGUUUCCUUUCCAAGUGCAGAAUCAUUCUUUUAGAAAGUGUUAUGCAUCUGUUAUUAAUUAGAAGAUAGAGAAGUGAAAUAUACAACAAAAUGUGGAAUCCUACUUGAGUGACACGCUGAACUGGCUUUAGAAUUUGUGGAAGAACCAUCGCUCUCUGGAAAAUGAAUUAAACAUAUUCUUCAAGUCUGACUGGAUAAAUCACACUAUCUUGUGUUUUACUGUUCUGUCAAUGGGAAUGGAGCCCUUAAAACCGGCUUUGUGUUUUGUUAGUUGUUUAUAAAGCAAAAUGUGUGCCGUAAUAUUUAAACUCUGGAGUCUACUCUAUGGAAACAGGUGAAAUAAGUAGUCUAUAUAUAAUAUGUUUGAGCUACUGCUAAAUGUGACAACCACAGAUAUUAUCUCUAAUGGGGCCCCAUACAUCAGCAGUCAGAAAAAGAUUCAGCAUUUUCCCCUGAUUAAACGAUUCUUGAUUUCACCAAUACAUUGCCAAUAUUUUUCAGUGAUUCGCAGAUCAUUUUCAGCAAAUACAGAUCUGCCAAUCUUGAAGGCUGAUCAAUUUACUAGUAAUGGUUUGCAAAUCGGCUGAUAACCACACACUAUCAGUCUACAGUCCCGAUUGGCUGGUGAAAUCCAACUUCAUUUACAGACUCAGAUCAGCGUUUGGUCGGAAUCUGCGAUUGGUGAACACCAUACCGUGCAGAUUUUUUUUACCCCAAUCUGCAAAACGGGAAUUGCCUCAAUUCAUUGCAGAUGUAUGGGCCCCAUAAGAUGUGUAGGCACCACAGUAUUUAAGAUGUAAUUAGUUGUAAGUUGUGUAAAAUGUAUUUCAAUUUAACUACUGUAUGUAACUUUAUAUCAUUGAUUAGAACAUUUUGAGAUAGAAGGUGGCAGCUGAUUUGCUAUUUCUUAAAUUUAAAUAAAGUAUUAU